AAGUGAAUUGAAUCAUAAGGGUCUAUUUGCUUCCUCUCAUACUAUUAAUAGGUUAAUUUUGACUUUGGCUUUAAUACUUCUUAUUACCAGAAAGAACCAAUAGUUUUGCAUUAGCAUUUGUAAAACACGCUUCAGGACACAGCAAUGCAGAGUGACCAGAUAGUUUAUUUAACGAUUAUUGUUAUCGCCAUUGGAAUACUUUUGCCAGGUCGGGCACAAAACACAGCGCAGACAACAUCGUGUCAAGGCAGAUGCCUCGACCCAAAACUUUCAACUGAUAAAUGUCACUGCCAUGAAUCAUGCAGAUUCGACGGGGAUUGCUGCAACGAUUUUGUGGAAGUUUGCGCCAAUCAAAGUUGCAACUGCAAUACCACCACUUCGAGUUGCACUUGUGCCGGGGGUUGCCUGAAUUUGACCUCCUGUUGUUCAGAUUACUUUGAUGUUUGUAAUAUCCCUCGUAACUGCGACAACAGAUGCCAUGAGACAUACGACAAGAAACUGGCGUGUUACUGCGAUGAGGUAUGUGUGAAAUACUCAAACUGCUGCGACGAUUAUGAAUCAAAAUGUGGCAGCACAGCAGGUGACCGAAUUAAAGCUACAAAUAUUGUUGGGCUAGCUACUGUGAUGCUACUAUUACUGCAAGUCAUGUGAAGUUACUAAGUUAAACGCGUCAUGGCCCAUUUACAAUCAAAUAUAAGCCCGAUUAUGUAUUACUUUUACACCACAUUUUGUGCAGCUUUGUAAGUUAUAUUCCUUUUAAUUUAUCUAAUGGUAUUAACAACUUAGCAUGUAUAAUUUUCAUUACUGGUUAUGUAGCGAAUAUUGAUCAAACGACACAUUCGCACGCGUAAGAGACGGAAUAAGCCUAUUGCGGACAUAGUGUGCACGAUGUUCGUGCAUGUGUUAUAAACUUCAAUACGACAAUGCAUAAGUAGGGUCGGUUAAAAAUGUAAAACGUGGCUUGUAUCACAACAACUUUACUAUUUUAAUCAUUAAUCGUUGCCUCAUCAUCUCUUAACGAUUCAUUUACGUCAACAUUUCUAAAUACUGCAUAAACGCAGCAUUUUGUUAAUAUAAAUUGCAGCAUAUCUUUACAUACUGUGGUCAAAAAUAACGACUUUUGAUUUGUUAUUCUUUUGAGAAAUGGCGAAUUCUUAUCGACACAUUUCACUGCUUUGCAAGCAAAAUAAGUUACAGCAUAAAAAGUGUUUUGAUACCCAAUAUGCCAAAAUUUAAUAUUUGUCGAUGACAAAUAUAAUAGUAUAUUAGAAUGGGGGAGGAUGGGACACUUUGUCAAGCGAGACUUUUUUUAGUUUUCUUACGGAUCUCCGA